AUGGCCUUCCCCAGCGGGACUACGUAUCACGCUGACUCUGACGCCGACGACGAAUACGAGAGAAGCGUCAUGACCUCGCCCACGCAGCUACACACCGAUUCUGAGACCUCCUCCGAGCCUCCCUCUAAUGAACAUACACCGACCACCUUUGACAACUCGGGAGAGGAUUCAAGUCUCCCGAGAACCAUAAUAACAGAAUGGACACCGGAAGAGUGCGCUCAGUUUGUGUCUAGUUUGAACUUGAGACAAUAUUGUCAUGCUUUUAUCGAACAUGGCAUCGAAGGGGAAGCGCUCGUGGCACUGAAACAUGAUGAACUGAAAGAGAUGGGGAUCGCCAGUGUGGGACAUCGAUUGACGAUUCUCAAGAAUGUUUAUGAUUUAAAAGUCAACCAGGACAUUCCCAUUGAGCCAGAUGACUAUGUUCCUCCAACGGCCGAGCAAAAUCCUCAACAUGAAAUGGCAACAAAGGAGGACAUUGAUAGACUCGCAAGAUCGAUCCUCCGGUUACGUGACGAGCGCAUUGCUCAAGCGGAGGCGCAGUUGACCCGGCUCGCCGACGACUACCGCAAGUUGCGCCAGGAACUACUGCCGGUUUUCAAAAUGGCCAAAGAACGAUCGGAACCUCUUCCCUAUGCCCCCUACCAAAACGCUACGAUCAGCCCAGAGAUGUACCAGCAAGAUGUCGUCUCGCCUCCUCUGACGACCCAGGCCUUGCCCGAAAAGACGAGCCUCACGCGCACAUUCUCGAAGAAGCUGGGUCUCAGCUCAACACCAAAGAACAACUCUCCCACACAUAUACCCAGUACGAUCCAUGAGGGUAGGACUUUCGCCGAAAGCAACUCGCUCGACCCUUCCGCUGCCGCGAGCCUGGCCUCAAACUCGCUAACCGCACAAAUGUCAGGGGGCGCAUUACCGCAACAUCCACAUCCUUCUCCAGGAGUUCCCUCUCCGACCUCGCCACUCCCCUACCAACAUCAACCACUCGCCCCACGCUCCUAUCAACGCGAGGGAGGAAGUGCUACCAGCGCUAUCCCUCGUUACGACGGUGCCGACGACCGGCAGGUCACUAUUGAACGCGACCGUGACCCUCCCACUUCCGCAAAAUCCGCCUCCGGCAAACUCAACCCUACGAACAGUACGAUUUCUAAUGCGUCCACCCUCAUCCCCUCGAGGGAACUCUCUGCUUCGGUCCCGCCCCAGCUUCCCUCGAGUGCCAGUGUCGGCCACACUCCGCAUGGCAAUAAAGAGGGCAGUAGCGGAGGCGAUGCGCCCUCUGUGGAAAUCUUCAAAUCUUUCCGUGUCGGACUGGAAGAUCCAUGCUAUAAAGUCCUUCCCGCCGCCCUCAGAAAAUACAACAUUCAGGCCGAUUGGCGACAAUACGCUUUGUAUAUUGUGUAUGGCGACCAGGAGAGGUGCGUGGGUCUGGAGGAGAAACCCCUCGCGUUAUUCAAGGAUUUGGACAGGGAGGGCAAGAAGCCGAUGUUUAUGUUGAGAAAACUAGGAAACGUAAUGGUUGGGGACGUGCCGUCAACGGCAGGGGUAGGGAUGAAGCCCCCGUUGGGAGGAUUGGGUGGUGGCGGAGGCACUGCUUUACCAGGCGCCGUUCCUGGCAGUUCAGCGAGCGUGAGGGCCAUGCCACCGGCGCAGACAUUACCGGGCGGUGUUUUGUAG